AUGGAUGCGACAUCUUUCCGAUGUUUACCGAGUGUUGUGCUUAAGUACCGUGACGACGAACUUCAAGAGCUGCAUUUUAGCUGUGCAGCUAGAGCGCACGCUGGCGCUUUCCAAGAAACCGUCCAGGGCAAGUCGCAAAUUGCACCGCGAUCACGAUCAAUAUCCAGGAUCCGCCUCGCUGGAAGGGACCGGCACCAGGCAGACGCCCGACCGCUUCCAGGGAACGGCAAUUUGUGCAAUUUCGCGAACACACGCGCACCACCGGGCUGCACGUGCAAAAUCCAAAAUGGCGCGCUCUCACAUGGCGUCAUUCGCUGGGCGGGCGAUAACAGCCCGUGCGCCUUGACGUUAAGGUCGGGCCCGACCGCAAAUCCGAGUUGCGGGUUCGCGCCAACAGAUGUCGCGCGACAAAGUAAGCCGUACGUGCUUGUCGCG